AACACUUUUUGAAGUCAUGACGAAACAAAUAACACCAGAGAAAGUUAUUCACAUUACGUGGCUCAGUGUAGUUAUAACUCUUUGUUGGCCGCUUCCUAUCAACAGCGACAGAAAUAAAAUCUUUUGUUUCAAGAUAUUGCAGAUCUGCAGUAUUAUAAGCGCCUGUUUGCUGUUUCUGCCAAUGAUAUAUUUUUGCUAUGUACACUUUGAUGAUUUGGUCGUUACUUCCUCGUGUAUCUGCCUUACAAUAGGUGUAUCGCAAAAUAUAUUUCAGACGAUCGUAUGCUGCGUCAAACACGUGUCUUUACAGCGUAUAGUCGAGGAAAUGAUAGUUUGUGUCAAAGAAGCGGAACAAUAUGAACGAGAAAUUUUCUACAAGUACAUCAAGAAAUGCUAUGUUUUCUGCGCUUGUUCCAUAGCAUGUACGUAUGUGACCGCGGUUGGUUUUUCAUUACGACCUGCAAUUUUGCCAGUUCCUUUUCCAUUUGACGUGGAAUAUCCGUUUCCUGUAAAUUAUACAUCAGUAUAUAUUAUCAUAUAUAUGCAACAUGUUUGCGUUUGUUUUCAAUCCGCUGCGCAAAUAUGCAUAAGCUCGUUUGGAGGGCUUUUACUUUGGUUCACGGCAGCGAGGUUUGAGUGUUUGGCCGUGAAUUUGGAGCGGAGCACAGACACUGAUACGUUGAUCGAUUGCGUUAAGAAACAAUUACACUUAAGGAGAUACGGAGAAGAAGUGCUUAAUAAUUUUCGUUUUAUGGUACUUUACGCUGUUGGAGUAGCCACAUUUGCUUUGACUUUGUGUUGUAUUAUGCUGAUUGUAGAUGUACCUCUGUUCGUGAAGAUACAAUAUAUAGGUGCAUGUAUUACUGUACUUACGGAAAUUUAUUUAUACGCAUGGCCAGCUGAUUACUUGAUAGAUAUGAGCAUAGGAAUUCCGCAAAGUGCAUAUAAUUCGACCUGGUAUGACCGGAGGUUGGAAAUGCAGAAAAAUCUACUGAACAUGUUAACAUAUCAAAAACCAUUAGUACUUUCCAUAAGAUGUAUAGUGCCAGAACUCUCAUUGCGUUAUUAUUGUUCGUACCUGUCCAAUGCCUUCUCCAUCUUCACUACUUUGCGCGUCAUGAUACAGAAUUAAUUCAAGAUGAAUGUGCUCUGAACGUGGUUCUAUUCGUAUAAAGAACCAUUCUUUGUGAUAAUCGCGAUUAAUGUCACUCUAUUUCAUAACUAAUCGUGUAUUAACAUCGGCUUUUUAUGGAGUUUUAUGAACACAAAUAUUUAUUUGAGCGAAGACCAUAAGAAGAAUAUAACUGGGAUCAUUGUAGCAGCUAAAUUAUUCGUAAUUGGAUACUCGUGUUCAUGGAGCUUAUACUAAUGGAGGGGCUCCAAUAUGUACGGAUAGGAUCAACGGAAAGAAAUACACUUUUCUGUUUCUAGUCAUUAUCGUGGUUGUUGGCCUUGUGGUCAUAUAGCCGUAAGUGUGUGGUCCGAUGACCGUAUUCUACUUUAUCUCUCAAAUAACUAAAAGUUCCUUUGACCAUU